GAAUAGAUAUCAAUAAACUAUAAAAGAAAAUGUAAACACCUGCACCUUUAAUGUUACGUGACAAUUAUUUCAAAGAUGAUUGCUUCAACGGCAUUCGCAUUAUUGUUCCCCUCUUUAUUGGCAUCCAUUGCGACAAAUCGUAAUUAUACAAUUUUCCUCAAUGACCGCGGAACGCCACAUCUGAUCAAUAUCAACGAACCUACAUUUACGCAGGCAGAACUCAAAGAACUGGAUGAACUCGCUCAAAAGACCGCCUUCUAUUUGUACACUCGAAAAAAUCCUGAAAUUGGUCAACAGUUAUUCAUCGACGAUGUAGAUAGUGUGAGGAACAGUUUUUGGAAUCCUGAUCAUCCUACUCGACUGUACAGUCAUGGAUGGCAAGGAGACUGCGAGGGAGUUUCUUGCAGGCCGAUAGUAGAUGCUUAUCUCAACGAUAGCGAUUACAAUGUCAUCCUAAUCGACUGGCACGAAGUAGCCAAACGUUGGUAUUGGAUAUCUGUGAAAGGUGUGCCACUCGUGUCACAACGCGUGGGCCUUCUUAUAGACUUUCUAGAAAAAAGUGCAAAUCUCGAUCCCACCAGGACGAUGGUAAUCGGAGUCUCCUUAGGAGCACAUGUCGCCGGUCUCGGCGCUCGUUUCGCGACUAGCAACAUCGGCGAGGUACUCGUUUUAGAUCCUGCAAAACCUGCUUUCGAAUCCAGAGAACCAGGAGAAAGAGUGGAUAAAUCAGACGCGAUUCAUGUACAAGUGGUACACACCUGUACGAAAUUUAUAGGGAUAAAAAAGGAAAUUGGCACUUCCGAUUUUUAUCCCAACGGCGGCGAGGAACAACCAGGAUGUGGUCAGAUUAAAUGGAUCGGGGAUCUCGAAGCGAUCAGAUGCGCGCACUUGAGAGCUUAUCAGUAUUAUCUAGAAUCCCUCACAAACCCUAUAGGUUUUCGCGCCGGAAACGUGUUCAUGGGAGGACCAUCCCUCGAUCCGAACGCAAAUGGAACAUACAUUCUACAGACUGCCAGCGAACCGCCGUUUGCACUUGGAUAACAAUUGACACCAUUAGAUAUUUUAGUUUCUUGUACAUACCUAUUCUUGUACAUAUUCUCUUACAUUUUUUUUUAUUCCUAUCCUAUUAUAAAUUUAUUUUUUAUAAAUUUUUUCUAAACUUACUUCGUAAUAUUUUAUAAUUUUAUUAUUUUAUUCUGUUAGAAUUAUUUUCUUCAUAUUACUUUAGGAACUCAUAUUAACGAACAGUAUUGCUCAUAGAGGAAGCUUUGUUUUCGUACAUAAAAUUUUUUUUAGUUAUUCUUGCCAAUGUGUCCAGAAUGUUCUUAAACAUCGUAGAAACGCAAUUUUAAAAAAUGUCGGUAUGUAUGUAUAUUUGUGUGUUUGUGUGUGUGUGUGUGUGUAUGUGUGUACGUGCCAAAUUUACUGAAAUUUCUAUAACUUCAGAUCUGAUUAAUCAUUUCUUUACAAAAUUUAUAUGAAAUACGGGUAGAAAAGACUGAAGAUUUUGAAAGAUUUAGAAAAAUUGCCAUUAAUUAAUUCUAAUUUUCAAAAAACAUAAUUUUGAGAGAAGUUUUAAUUAUUGAGACUUGAAAAAAAAAGAGUUUUUAAUACAAACAAAAUCGUAUGUAGAAUUCAAACAAAAUUGGAUAAAAAAAUGUUUGUUGACAAUAUAUAAAGCUUUCUCUAUGAGGAAGCUAAAAGAAAGUGACAUUUACAAAUUUCUAAAUCGUAUACUUAAAAACUAUGAGAAAGCAAUAUGCAAAUCUAAUUUCACAUUUAAAAGCUAUAAGGAAGCAAUGUGCAAGUUUCUACUUGAUUUGUAUUUCUUCAGUAAACUAACAAAAUAUGAAGCAAAGAUCAAAAGACUUUUUCUGAACAUUUUAAUUCAUUUCUCACAAACUUUUCUUGUACUCUUUUGAGCUUUUAAAGAAUAUUUUGUCAAAA